AGCGUUAAUAAGGCACCAAGAGAACUUGUGAAAAGUAAAUACGCAAUUGACCCAUUGGAUCAAUUCUAUGGGUCUUCACUGCGGGACUUUUCACAGCCCAAAAUCGAACAGCUGCCAAUGAGAUCGGUUGCAGCUGCUACUCCGGUUAUUCAGGCAGAGCCGCAAGUUCGCAAUCUUCAAAAGGAGCUUACCACCCUUGUUCCUUCGUCGCUGUUGCGAAAGAAAGCGUCGGCAAGCAAACCAAAAGUUGCUAGACCAGUUGUAAACGCGGCACCUAAUAUUGAUGAUGGCGUGGGCGCCUCUACACCAACAGCCGUCAAGAGAAGUGCUUCAACGGCAAUAUCUUUAUUACAACAGUCAGAGUAUGAUACCCAGACAUCAGAGCAGCAACCGACUUCUACAGGCCCUCCUCAAAAGAAAUCUAGAACGAAAAAGAAAACCAAUAAUACAUCAAAAUUUCCGGUAGAAAUCAUUGAUGCUAAAAUACCGAUGAUAAUCAUUUUAAAAUUAACGAAUCCGGAUUUACCGACAGCAAAAGAUUUAGUAGAGGGUGAGACACUGGAAGUGGCGGAGGAAGUCGAAGUGGUUGAAGUGGAGGAGUU